AUGGAGAGUCCGGGCAUUGCCGAGCUCGAUCUCUCGGACGAGGAUGACGCUUUGGAGCCAGAAGAAGAGGAAGCGCAAGAGCAACGCCCUGCCGACGAUCUAGAAGUCGAGAUUGUCCAGCAGCGGAUCGUCUUCAUCAUCCCCGCGUUGCCUCCGAGGCCGGAGAUCCACAAGAACAGGAGGAAAGAGAAGCGGCAGCGGCAGCGCGAUCGCGAUCGCGGCCAGAAUCCAGAGCAAUCGCAGGAGAGGCAGAGGGAGAGGAAGCGCCAGAGAAAGGAGAUUAUCGUCCCAAGCAUCAAUCCAGGGGCCUUGGCGAGAUUGCUAGCGCCGGGCCAGGAGGAGAAUCUCAUUCACAGGACCAAGACACUGUUUUUGAGAAAGAGGGUGGAGAGAAGAGGAGGAUUGCGACUGUGGCUGGGCUCCAAGGGGCUGGGAAGGUUUGCGCGGCUCUUCCAGGAGCACAAGAUCGAUGUGAGCGAGCUCUCGCAUCUCACCAUGGAUGCUCUCAAGCAGAUUGGUGUUCUUCCAGUCGGGCCUCGCAGAAAGCUUAUCGCAGCGAUCGAGAAGCUGUGCAUCUGA